CAGAAUGGAGCUGUGGACACUCCGUAUGAUGAUCUUGCUUAUUUCAUUUAUCCACAUUGGACAAGCUCAAGAGAGACCUAAAGCUGUGGUGACCAUAAAGCCUGACAAACAUGUGUUCAGAGGAGAGACUGUGACUCUCAGGUGUGAAAUACAGGGAGGAGGAGACACUGAGUGGAUAUACAGAUGGUAUAAAGAUGACCAAAUCUACAGAGACCACAAAACCCAGGAGUUCAGUCUCAACUCAGUUAGAAGUGAACACAGUGGUAAAUACACCUGCAGAGGGAGGAGACGCAGUGACUCUCAGAGCUCAAAGAUCAGUGAUGCUGUUAUUCUCACUGUAUCAGGUGAAUCUCCUCCAGGGUCUCUGAUCAUCAGACCGAACAGAACUCAACACUUUACUGCUGACUCUCUCUCACUGAGCUGUGAGGACCAGAGUAACUCUUCUGGAUGGACAGUGAGAAGAUACAGAUACAGUGAGACAUUUGUCGGUUGUUCAUCACUUUCAGGAUCUACAUGUAACAUCAACUUCCUCUCUACAUCACACACUGGUGUUUAUUGGUGUCAGUCUGUAUCUGGAGGAUACAGUAAACCUGUCAACAUCACAGUGCACAAUGGUGCUGUGAUCCUGGACAGUCCUGUACAUCCUGUGACUGAGGGACAUAAUCUGACUUUACGCUGUUUAUUUCGCAACAAAAAGAUCCCAGGUUCUGGUGUUGAUUUCUAUAAAGAUGAUUCCAUCCUUCACUCCCAGACUACAGGAGAGAUGACCAUCAGUAGUGUCUCAAAGUCUGAUGAAGGUUUCUACCACUGUAAACACCCAGAGAGAGGAGAGUCACCGAAAAGCUGGGUUUCAGUCAGAGGAGCUUCAGUGUCAGUGCUCAGACUGAUCAGCAGUCUAGUGACAGUUUCUGUGUAUCUGCUGCUGACCAUCAUUCUGGCAGUGAAAUGUUUCAGAGCUCGAGUUCAGGCUGAUGAAGACACCCAGAAUGCUGUUAUUGAGGAGUGAACAAAAAAAAUCAGAUUUUAGGAUUGUGAAAUAAUUUUGAUGUCUCACAUUUAAAUACUUACUACCAGAUGUUUUUUCUUCUGAAGUUUUCACACCUCUUCAUGGGGUUAUGAAUUAUAUUAAUGCAGUGUACAUUAAAAUUAACUAGAUAUUAAGAUCACAUCUUUAAUUUAUCUCUACUCUCUAUCUAGUAAUAUUUGUCUUCAUAUAACUGGGUAAAAUAUUUUAUAGAUUAAGUAAACUUAUUAAAAUUUUGUACAGAUGCCAUUGGCAAACAGAAUGUCAUCUAUGUACAUUGUUAACUAACUCUGAUCACUGAGGACAGGUGAGGAGGUUUAUUGUUAGUUUAUCAUUAUAGUUCAUGAUUAAAUGAUCUGACACAAAAAAACAAAGUCAGUGUUUUCUAGUUAGGCAUCUGGACUUUUUUUAGCACUGUUAAUAGUCAAUAAUAUCUUUUAAUAGUCAACCAUUUCUAUUAAUAGUCAAUAAUUUACAGAUUUUUUACCGAAAAUGUUUUGAAAGUGGUGACUCAGUGCUUCAGUCUUUGCAUUGAUCAGAAUGUUGUCAGUUUAAAUCGCAUCAUCUCGAGCAAAACUCAUCUGUUCAUCCCUUAACUGCUCUUUUGUAUCUUGUCUCAGCUGUAAGUUGCCAGGAAAUUUAAAAUGAAAAUGUUUGGCAUUUAAAAAUUAUAUAUCUAGUCAAGAGUCAAGUCAAGAAGCUUUUAUUGUCAUUUCAACCAUACAUAGAUGUUGCAGUACAAUGAGACAAGGUUUCUCCAGGAUCAUAACAAAAAAGAGAGAGCUAUAAGGACUUAGUAAGUUAGUCCUAGCCACAUAAAGUAUAUAAUUUAUUACAAAACAUUUCUAUUAACAAUACCAGUAGCUUAACUAUAAUGCA